AUGGUUGAACAAACUUAUAAGUUUGGUGGUGGUAUUGAGCUACCCUCUUUCCGCUCUCUCAGUGAUUUCUUACUGAUAAAAUCCAGAUACGAGCAUCCCUCGUACAGUAACUUAUCGAACUGGCAGAACAGGAUCAUUGCUAACCUUCUAUACUACCAAACCAAUUAUUUUUUCAGCUUCUUCUGCUUAUUUAUUUUCGAAAUCUUUUUCUGUGGCCAGGAUACCGUAUUUGGAUUUUUUACUAUUUUGCUCUCUCUAGCAAUGACUUUCUUCAUGUUAACUACUGAUCCAUAUUACUCGCAGCUACGACGGGAUCACAAGUAUAUUGCAUGGGGAGCUGUUAUCGUUACCAUCCAAAUAUUCCUUAUGUUCUUAUCUUCCUUUUUGAAAUUUUUAUUCUGCGUACUACUCCCAAUUUUCAUGAUCUUAUGCCAUGCUUCGAUCCGUCUGAGAUCCAUUAUGAACAAAAUAAAUCAACAGACUGAGAAGUUCGGAUUAAAAACAACUGUAAUGGGGAAACUUCUGGAUAUGUCUGGGCUUGAAGUUAGAUCUUGA